AUGACCAAUGAAGACAUUAUAAGGUAGAUAUAAUCAAAACUCUAGUAUUCUAUUUCCUUAUUUUUAUAUUCUCAAUCAAGUACUUUUAGCUAAAUAUAUGACUUAGGGUUAAAAAAAAAGCUUAUAGAUAAUAGAAGUGACGAAGCUUUGAUUAGAAUUAUUAAAAUUUUUUUAUUUAAUUAUAAUUUCAAAUUCUUAAUUAAAUCGUAGAGUCUCAACUAAUCCUCAGUAUGCUUCUCACCAGAUGGAACUACUUUAGCAUCUGGUGGUGGUGAUUAGUCAAUCAGAUUAUGGGAUGUUAAAACAGGAUAAUAAAAAGCCAAAUUAGAUGGUCAUAGUGAUUAUGUACGAUCAGUAUGCUUCUCACCAGAUGGAACUACUUUAGCAUCUGUUAGUGGUGAUGAGUCAAUCAGAUUAUGGGAUGUUAAAAAAGGAUAAUAAAAAGCCAAAUAAGAUGGUCAUGAAAAUUGGAUAUAUUCAGUAGGCUUCUCACCAGAUGGAACUACUUUAGCAUCUGGUAGUAAUGAUAACUCAAUCAGAUUAUGGGAUGUUAAAACAGGAUAAUAAAAAGCCAAAUUAGAUGGUCAUGAUGAUUCUGUCUAUUCAGUAUGCUUCUCACCAGAUGGAACUACUUUAGCAUCUGGUAGUGGUGAUAAAUCAAUCAGAUUAUGGGAUGUUAAAACAGGAUAAUAAAAAGCCAAAUUAGAUGGUCAUAAUAGUUAUGUAAUGUCAGUAUGCUUCUCACCAGAUGGAACUUCUUUAGCAUCUGGUAGUUAUGAUAACUCAAUCAGAUUAUGGGAUAUUAAAACAGGAUAACAAAUACAGCCUUCAGAUCCAAAAUACAAAGCCCUUUUAUCCUAAUUCAAAAUCCCCAUCAAUACGAAUAAUUCAUUUACCGAAUGUAUAAUUAUUUCAUUUAAUAUAGUAAACUCUAAUUUAACCAUUCUUCUUAUAUCCUAAUAAGCCAUUUUUUAAGCCUAAGGUGCUCUAAUUCUAUAAGGAUCAUUUGUGAAUCAAUCUGGUUUUGAUUUAAAAACACUAUUUAAGCAAAAAGGUACUUGCUUUGUGGAAACUUAUUAAUUUAAAUGA